GAGCAGGCCCUGGAGGUUGGGGACCAAAGUCUUGGUUUCAGAGAAAACCAGGUGGGACCCCUAACUGGACUCCUUGGGACCCCCAGGAAGGACCUGAGGCCCGAGCCAUCCUCUUCUCUUGCCUGCCUGCCUCCCAGGACUGGGCAGCUGCUGGAGGCUGUGGGAGGGGGGGGCCCAGGACUGUGGUUGUGGCCCCCCCCACGCCCCAAAAGGAUGGGCCCAAGUUAGGAAGCUCAGUGUCAACCAGCAUUCUCCAGGCCCAGAGGGACCCCUGGGGGCUCUGAAGGCUUGUCCACUGCCUGGCCACCAUGGAGACGAAGCUGCCUCCUGCGAGCACUCCCACCAGCCCCUCAUCCCCAGGGCUCUCGCCUGUGCCCCCACCCGACAAGGUGGAUGGCUUCUCCAGGCGUUCCCUGCGCAGGGCCCGGCCCCGGCGCUCCCAUAGCUCUUCUCAGUUUCGCUAUCAGAGCAACCAGCAAGAGCUUACCCCACUGCCCCUGCUUAAAGAUGUGCCUGCCUCCGAGCUCCAUGAGCUGCUGAGCCGUAAGCUGGCCCAGUGUGGGGUGCUCUUUGACUUCUUGGACUGUGUGGCCGACCUGAAGGGGAAGGAGGUGAAGCGGGCGGCCCUCAAUGAGCUGGUGGAGUGUGUGGGGAGCACACGGGGAGUCCUCAUUGAGCCUGUGUACCCAGACAUCAUCCGCAUGAUCUCCGUCAAUAUCUUUCGAACCCUGCCGCCCAGCGAGAACCCUGAAUUUGACCCUGAAGAGGAUGAGCCCAACCUUGAGCCUUCAUGGCCACACCUGCAGCUGGUCUAUGAAUUUUUUCUGCGUUUCUUGGAGAGCCCAGACUUCCAGCCCUCUGUGGCAAAGAGAUAUGUGGAUCAAAAGUUUGUCCUGAUGCUCCUAGAGCUGUUUGACAGCGAGGACCCCCGGGAGCGUGAGUACCUCAAGACCAUCCUACACCGGGUCUAUGGCAAGUUCCUGGGGCUGCGUGCCUAUAUCCGCAAACAGUGCAACCACAUCUUCCUGCGGUUCAUCUAUGAGCUGGAGCACUUCAACGGCGUGGCUGAGCUGCUUGAGAUCUUGGGAAGCAUCAUCAAUGGCUUUGCGUUGCCCCUGAAGACGGAGCACAAGCAGUUCCUGGUCCGGGUCCUGAUCCCCCUGCACUCUGUUAAGUCACUGUCUGUCUUUCAUGCCCAGCUGGCAUACUGUGUGGUUCAGUUCCUGGAGAAGGAUGCCACCCUUACAGAGCAUGUGAUCCGGGGUCUCCUGAAGUAUUGGCCCAAAACCUGCACCCAGAAAGAGGUGAUGUUUCUGGGGGAGAUGGAAGAGAUUCUUGAUGUCAUUGAGCCCUCCCAGUUUGUGAAGAUCCAGGAGCCCCUCUUCAAGCAGGUGGCUCGCUGCGUCUCCAGCCCCCAUUUCCAGGUUGCAGAGCGGGCUCUGUACUUCUGGAACAACGAGUAUAUCCUGAGCCUCAUUGAGGACAACUGCCACACUGUGCUGCCUGCUGUGUUCGGGACUCUCUACCAGGUCUCCAAGGAGCAUUGGAAUCAGACCAUCGUCUCUCUGAUCUACAACGUGCUUAAGACCUUCAUGGAGAUGAAUGGGAAACUCUUCGAUGAGCUCACAGCCUCCUACAAGCUGGAAAAGCAGCAGGAGCAGCAGAAGGCCCAAGAGCGCCAAGAGCUGUGGCAAGGCCUGGAGGAGCUACGACUUCGCCGUUUACAGGGGGCUAAGGAGGCCCCCCUCCAGCGGCUAACCGCCCAGGUGGCCACCACUGGAGGUCAGAGCUAG